CUUAAUGAUUUGGUGAUCAUUGCCACUCGGGUGCAGAAAGUACUGACACAAACUUUGUCCUAAACCAGUGUUUUUCAAACGAAAAAACGCGACACAAUAAAAUGUCACCAAAUCUUUCAGAUAUUUCGAGAAGUACAAACAUCGCUGUCAUUGAAUUAAAUCCUUUCUUCUUCUUCAAUCAAUCUUAUUAAUUAAUAAAAAAAAAAAAAAAAAAAAAAAACCUUUACCUAUUCAGAUCAAUUGUGAUCCAGAGGUGCGCUAGGGCGAUUCGCAGCUAAUGAGAGUUUAACGAGUGAGGAUGCGCCAAACCACUGCACUCAAACCUAGACCUACAAUUUAUAGUGGGAUCCGAACCACUCCUUUGAUGACAUUUCUGUCUGUAGCCUACAAAGGAAGGCUGUGAGCCUCAUUUCCAGUACAUAUGAUUCGAAAAAGAACAAGUGAAAAAUUUCCCAUACCCAGUCUCGAACCCAUGAUCGCUGUGUCGGUAUUGCAAUAAUUAGGCACCGAAGUACUAAACCAUUCCGCCACCGAGCCACUUCAGCUCACCCAUUAAUUAAUAAGUAUUGUGAUAAUUAACACAACAAGAUAAUUCAUGAACUAUGUGCUGCAGUCCACAAAGUUUGUGAGCCACUGACGAUAAUAUGUCAAUAAAAAAAUAAAUUUUAUUUUUCUGAGAAAUUUUGGAGAGUUUAUGAUAAGAUAGAAGACUUCAUUGCCCAACAUUAUACAAUAGUCAGUUGAAAGUAAAAGUUUAAUUUGGAAACACAAAUUUUUUUAAAGUACGAAAAUGUUCGACAAUUUAAAUAAACUAGGAUUAGAAAGAAGUUGUUCAACAUCUACAGUUAGUAGUUCUGUUGCUGCUGAAGAUAUUAGACAACAGUUGGAAAAUUUUAGAAAUGUACCAAAAGUUCAAACAAUCGAUACAACAAACACAAAAAUUAAAAAUAUUGAAAGUGUAAGCAUUAUUUAUCACAACAAUUACUUCAAUCAUGCUUCAUCAAAUGCCCUAAAAUCAAGCAAGAAGAGUCCCAAAACAGUAUAUUUAGACAGUUUAAAGAAACCAUUGUGUUCGAUUGAAUGGAAUACGCUGUUUAGAAGGAAGAAAGCUGGAUGGAUAGCAGUAAUAUUGACAAUCGGAAAUAUUUUAACAACUUCCUGCAUAGCCACAUAUUACUCAUUGGAAAAGUCGUAUUCAACUACACCUUAUGAGCCUGCAAUUAAAACUGACGAACCAACAACUACGGUAACCUAUUCAAAAGACGAAACAAGUACUGAAAGCUCAUUGGACACAACAUUAGAAUUAUUUGAACCUCCAUUAACAACAGAAUCUAAGAACGAACAAUCCACAAUAACCUCAGAAAAUGACAGUUCUACCAAAUCGUUUGAAUUUCCUCUGACCUCAGAAAAAUCACCAAUUACAACUAUUGUAUAUAAGCCCACCACAAAAGGAUUUGAACCUCCAUUUACGAGUACAACAAAGGCAUGGAAAAAGGAUUUAUUGGAUCUUCAUUUGAAAUUGGGUUUUAACCAACGUAUAGACUUUUUGAUCAACUUUAAUCAAUUUUAUCAAAAAAUUAAUAAAAAACGGCCAUUUUCUACUGUUUUAAUCCAACCGCUUUAAAAAAUUAUGCAGUUUUUGGAUCAUUUAAUGUUUAAGAUAUUUAUUAAUUUAAGUCACAAUUCUGUUGAUACUCUCCAGGAAAGAAAGUUAUCUCACACACGCUGACUUAUACUGCAUAUAUAAAAAUUUAA